GCGGGAGCGGGAGCGGGAGCGGGAGCGGGACCGGGACCGGGACGAUGAAGGGGCGAUGGCGACGGAGCGGGGCCCGGGCGCGGCGUAUCACAUGUUCGUGCUGAUGGAGGACCUGCUGGACAAGCUGAAGCUGCUGAGCUACGAGGAGGAGGCGCUGCGCCGCCACAACAUGCGGCCGCUCUCCAGGCACUACUUUGCACUGCCCACUAAUCCUGGUGAGCAGUUCUUUAUGUUUUGCACACUUGCCGCUUGGCUGAUCACUAAAGCGGGACAUCCUUUCGAACAGCCACAAGAAUAUGAUGACCCCAAUGCAAUAAUAUCAAAUGUACUCUCAGAAUUGCGAUCGUUUGGAAGGCCUGUGGAUUUUCCUCCCUCAAAAUUAAAGGCAGGUUACGGAGAGCAAGUGUGCUAUGUUCUUGAUUGUUUAGCUGAAGAAGCUUUGAAAUACACUGGCUUUAGCUGGAAGAGGCCAGCAUAUCCAACAGAAGAGCUAGAAGAAGAAGAAAUAACAGAAGAUGAUGCCGAAUUAACACUUAAUAAACUGGAAGAGGAUGUUGCGGAAGAAGAGUCAGACAGUGAAGAAGAUUUUAUUGACCUGAAUGUUCUAAAGGCACAAACGUACAGAUCGGACAUGAAUGACACUGCAAAGCAAGACGAGAUUUUACAGUCCACGACAGAUGCAGCAGAGUGGAAUCUGGAAGUGGAACGUGUGCUUCCACAGCUGAAAGUUACAGUCAGGACUGACAAUAAGGAUUGGAGGAUUCAUGUAGAUCAAAUGCAUCAGCAUAAGGAUGGAAUUGAAUCUUCUUUGAAAGAAACUAGGGGUUACCUUGACAAACUCCAUAAUGAAAUCAGCAGAACAUUGGAAAAGAUCAAUAGCAGGGAAAAGUACAUCAACAAUCAGUUGGAGCACUUGGUUCAAGAGUACCGUUCAGCACAAGCCUUGCUGAGUGAGGCUAAAGAGAAGUACCAAGAGGGAAGUGGAGGAGUAAAUGAAAGGAUUAGAGUGCUUUCUGAGAUUACAGAAGUAUUAGAGAGAGUAAAGCAGGAAACGGAAGAGAAAGGAAGCAGUAUGACCGAUGGUGCUCCUCUAGUGAAGAUUAAACAAGCCUUAACAAAACUGAAGCAAGAAACCAUUCAGAUGGACAUACAAAUUGGUGUAAUGGAACACACAUUACUCCAGUCAAAGCUGAAAGAGAAAUCCAAUAUGACUAGAGAUAUGCAUGCUACAAUGAUUCCAGAAGCCACAGACAGCCAGGAACCAAUGCUGUUUAAGCUUUCCUGGUGAUCUCCAUUCCCACCACAUGACCAGCUAGGGCAGUUAUAUCACUCAUAUUGCUGAGCCAGACCUUGCUCUUCCCCAGAAAUCAUAUUCCUGGGUGUACAUGUCACCCUGUCAGGAGGAAGUGACCAUGGGAUUCUAUGAGAAGUUGCUUCAGGCAAAAAAGGGCACUGCUCUUAGUGGCCAGCCCGAAUCACAGACCACGUACUCAGUGCCUCUGCCUCGGAGAGAGCUGAAAACGGAACAGAGACCCUGUGGGCAUCUGCAACUACCUGCAUGCAGAGUGAAGAAAGGCAGUGUUAAGGAGAUGGUAGUUGUGAUCGCUCCCAUGGAGGACGGACUUGGGAGGACAAAAGCUGGUGAACACGAGGAAACAAUUGGACAUGCCUAUGUAGAGAAACAAUCCUGGAAAGGAAAUAGGAAGGCUGCAGCAUGGGAAAAGUCAUCAGUAGCUGGAUGAGGCUGUUUCUGUGAUGUAAAGGGGCAGAAGGCAGCUGCAAUUGCAGAGGAAGGCAGCAAGGAAGCAAAAGCACUGGAGCAAGUAUAUUUGCUAUGAGAGCAAACAGCAAGAGAAGGGCGCAGUUGACAGGAAAAAGGAGCAGCUCGCUUAAAGGAAGGAGAAAGAGGCAUGGAGGGUGGGGAGAAUAGACUGGUACGAAAUUGGAGUUCACUACAGCCUUAACAGAAGCUAAUGUAAGUCACAGUACAUUCUGCUCAGCCUACACUCACACACAAACACCUCAAACAAACAAACAAAUCUUAUGUUUACCAGGACGACCUUUGGUGUCCAAAAGCCACAAGGAGAAAUCAAAGGAAUUAAGGAGAGGUGAAAAAACAGGGGGAAGUCAAAAGGUUAGGUGAGGACAGAGGCUAAGUGACUUCAGAAGCAGAUAC